UCCAUUUGUCCUAACAACUUUGCGACGACAGGUCUUCAAUAUCCUUCAUCGUAUAUUCCGCCCUGCAGAUUGGGUAACCGUUAAACUCAUAACUGUCCGAUUCGUUUGGCCCAGUAUCAACCGCAAUGUGACUCUGUCUCAUUUUCCAUGCAAACAGACCAAAAUUCAUCAACAUACCGCAUCUCCAGGAGGACCCUUCGCCAUUUCGGAUGUACGUACCAGUCACAUUCGCAUUGAUGUCUCCCUGGCAUCCUCCCACAAUAUAACGGUAUCCAAAUUUGGUGUUUCUGCAACGGGGGCAACUGACCGCGGAUUCAAGUUCAACACCGUGUUGUUUCGCCAUUUCAAUUCCCUUCUUGGGACUAACCGGAUUCAAACGACGGCAUAUCAUCCACAGGGAAAUGGCCUCUUGUCCAUCCUUUCUACCCUCCAAGCGAACCUCAGAUGCACCGCAGCCAAUCUCCUCUUCGGAACCCCCCUAAAACGGCCCGAUGAGUUAGUCCCUCCUUCAAACACGCCAACUUCCUUCGAUCCUAGCGCUUAUGUGUGCCGACUGCGUGGUGCCAUGCACAAAAUGCACGAAGAAAAACCCUGGACGUCGCCGACCAAUUCCUUCAUCCCUUUUUACCUGAACACGCGUGAGUGCGUCCUUGUCGGGCAUGGU